UCCGAGAGAACAGGCUGCCCAUCCUAGACGGGUUAGUGCUGUGCGCAGGCGCGGUCAUUAGCUGAGGGUCCUACUGCUUGGUGGUCAUGUCGGUGCAGGAGGAUCCGGUGCAGCGUGAGAUUCACCAGGACUGGGCGAACCGAGAGUACAUCGAGGUGAUCACCAGCUCUAUCAAGAAGAUCGCAGACUUCCUCAAUUCCUUCGAUAUGUCCUGCCGCUCCCGACUGGCCACGCUCAAUGAAAAGCUAACAGCUCUGGAGAGGCGGAUUGAAUAUAUCGAGGCCCGGGUAAGCCCCUUCUCAUCUAGCCCUUUUCUAUGGCCGUAAAGAAGCUGUUGGGGGUUCCGAUAAGACAGUCGCGCGGACCCCACGGUUCCUAUCAGCUUUUCCGCCUCCUGUUUGGUAGCCUUGCACCCCUUUAGGCCGAGCUUCUGCCUACACUAACCCCACCUUUCUUCAUCGGGCAAGUCCCACUGGGUGUAGUCCAAGUUGGGUCAGUGGGAUAUAUUGGGCAAUGAUAAAUCUUUUCCGGAAAUGGUUGAAUGCAAGCUGCUAUUGAGGUGCUGCUUGUUCGAAUGGUCGUCCAACCCCCCCCCCCCCCCCAUGAAGUAUAUCAAUAUGGGAAAAGUUUAACAAAUGAUGAACGUUGUAUCUCAGUAUCUCUGGAAUGCAACAGCUCCCCAUGGUAAUUAAUCAAAUCAGUGGUCCAUCUGAUUUAGCAGCCUGUCUCACACUGUGACCAACAAUUUACUCUGGAAGGCCAAUGAUAGAGCAUAGAGGCUGAGGUGUUCCUCUGAUGUUGUCUCCUGGCACGGGUAUCCAGGGGUUUGCUGUCUCUGAAUGUGGAAGUUCCCCUAAGUCAUUAUAGCUAGUAGCCACAGAUACAAACCUAUAUUCCAUGAAUCUGUCAAAUCCCUUUGUAAAGAGCUGUCUAUUCCUGUGGCCAUCACUACAUCCUGUGGCAGCAAAUUCCACAUUUUAAUUAAGCAGUUGUUGAGUAAAAAGGUACUUCUUUUUGUCUGUCCUGAAUCUACCAUCCAUGAGCUUGUCCAUCCUGAAUCUACUGUCGAUCACCAUGCACUCAUGUUCUGUUAUUUUGGGAAAGGGAGAAAAUGUUGUAUCUCUUCACUCUCUUGGAUCCAUGCAUUUUAUAAACCAUGAUGACCCCAAAGUCUCUCAGCAUCAGCAAAUUCAGACCCCAUUAGCAUGUACUUCAAGUUGGGAUUUUUUUAAUUCCAGUGUGCAUUACCUUACAUCCACUCAUGCAAUUUGUGGCGGUCUUCCUGGAGCUCUUCAGAGUCAUCUUCGGUUUUCACCAUCCUGAAUAAUUUUGUGUCAUCUACAAGCUUGGUCACUACACUGCUCAUUUUUUGCAAUUGACUUUGUAAUGGCAUGGUGGAGACUGGGAUUGUGUAUCUUGAAUGUGCUUCUGACCCAACCCUACCACAGUUUAUCUACAUAAGAUUUUUGUGCAUGAUUGUUGCAUUAUUUAUGGAGAAAGCAGCUAUUGUUGACUCAGCAGCAAAUGUAUACACAUUAUCUUGGCUGGCAAAGGAAUGGAGCAGUAGAAAAGUCUAUGUUCCUCUCAAAACAUGCACAGAACAUCACAAAAAGGACCGGGGAGAGGGAUAAUCCCCACUUUCCUGGUUGUCAUCUAUGGUAGGAGUUUCUUAUUGUAUGUUUUAAGCUGUUAGCUGCCUUGAUGGCCCACAUAAGGGCAGAAUGGAGGGAUAUAAGUUUUGCUAACAAUAAUAAUAAAUAUUAGAGCUCUUUCUCUCUCCCCUCUCCUUUUAGGAAACCACAUUUAUAGAUGAGCAAACUUUUUUUUCUUUUGGCAGGUAACAAAAGGUGAAACACUGACAUAGGUGUGCUGGAAGCUGGCAGGGAGCCAACCUUGAAAACCUGAUGCUGUCUACAGAGCUGAUGAUCAGACAUCAAGUUUCUUCAUUACUUAAUAUGGAUGGGAGUUAUGCUUGUUUCUACCCUGUGGGAAACCGCAUCCAACAUUUGGAGUCUGUGACUUUGUGCUGGUGAUUCCAGCUGAAACAGCUAAAUUGUACAAGAGCAUGUUUAAUGUGGUUUUAGAGUUCAUGCCCCACAUCUUUGCAAAGCCCUCUUGCUUUGCAGCAAUAGAAUCCAUAUUGAACCAAAAUUCAGUUUCUGGGAACACAUUUUUUUUUUAAAUUCUGAACAAAUCAGGAUGUCAAGACUGUGCAUACUGGGCAGCUGUAGUAGCAGCUUCAGUAUACAAAGUAAGCAUCCUGCAGCUGGCUUUCAUUGCUGGAAGGUAGUGAAUACCUUGCAUUGUUGCAAUUGCUCGACUGAAUAAACAUACAGUAUGUAUUGGGGGUGGGGAAGAGACUAUCAUGUGCCAAGGAAGGGGUGGCUCUGUUUUCUAAGUAUUUUGUAUAAUCUAAUGUAACUUGAGAUGUCUUUUUCAUUUGUGUUUCCACAAUAAAAUCACCUCUGCUUAA